AUGGAUCAUGAUCUUGCGCCUGAUACAGUCAUUCUCUCGGCCAUCUUUCCCAAUGCCCAACCGGUUAAGGUCACUAUCCUCGCACAAACAAUCGACACUUGCACAUUCAGAGCCCAAUUCGAGACCAAUGACUGGCCUAUGGAUUUAUUAGUGCACGCGGAGGUCUUCGAUGACGAGCCCAUCCUUGAGGUGGUCACGGCUAUAUGUAGUACAGCAAACCAUCAGUUCCCUGGACUGGUACCAGAGAUGUACAAAUGCGACAAGGCGAUGACAGCUGACGGAAGAGAUUUCGAGUACACAGUAUCCAGGUUUCUCACAGGGACUGUGACUCUGGAAUCGGUCUGGCCAUCACUGAAGCCAGAGCAGAAAGAGUCGUUGGUCGAUGCAGUUGUCGUGACUGUCAAGCAAGUCCAUCAAAUGAGACGCACGGAUCCUGUUGUCAAAGAACUCCUUGCUGGAACACCAUUCAUUCAUUCAGAAGGAAGUGUUUGCAUCGGCUCGCCCCGCUGCGGUUACUCGAAAGACCUCCGCGAGUUCCUCAGGCAUCUCGUUGAGCGCAACCGACUCCGGCGUUCAGCUGCAUGCGACAUUGUUGAAACCGCAGACGGCGUGCUGAUCCGCUCAUCCCUCCCGGAAGUAGGCCAACUCCUCAAAAAUGAAGAUAUCAAUAGUCUGGACGAUGACAUUGUGCUCUCAUAUAAUGAUAUUAAGCCUCACAGUAUUUCUGUACACGCCACCACCCUAACAGAUGGCAGCACAGCGUACGAGCUCGUUGGUAUAAUCCACAGCAACCAAGCUGGCUUCUUCCCAUUCGCUUUCGAGGCCGCGCAAGAAGACCUUCUCGGGAACGAGAAUCUGUUCCUAGAUUGGUACGUGCUCUUCAAACAGAAGACGAGGGAUAUGAUCCCCGCAGGUGGAGCGAGUGAAAGGUUGAUCACUGCUGUACAGAUCAUCACGAAGAGCAAGUGUAUACAACAGAAAACUAGUGUUAUGGCGGAAUUUAGGAGGAUAUGGUAA